AUGGCCGCAGUUGCUACAGCCGCGCGUAACAUGGCCGAGAGUGCCGACCGUGAUGCCCUUCAACAACAGGAAGAGGCUGUCGAAGUCGCAUCUCAAUGGGCACAAGAGAAGCUUGAGAACUUCCUGGCUUCUGUGGAGAACAGCGGAAAUGACCACAAGCUUCUGAAGAUCAGCUAUAUCAUCAGUCGUCGUACUUCCAUCGACGUCUUCUCGGCCAAGAGUAGUGACCUUGGCGAGUUUGUCAAGCAGAUCAUUGGAAAGCUUGCCGAUGGCAAGGUCAUGGAAGGCAUCGCCGGAAUGGCUGGCACGGUCAUCAACAAGCUGUUUGGUUCCGCUUCUGGGUCUGCGCAGACGGAGCGAUUCUAUGAGGUCACAUUCGACGAGCUUGGAGGUCUCAACCGUGUUGAUGCCUUCUUCUUCUGCUACCGCUUUGCCUCUAGUGGGCUGACCAACUUCAGCAAAGCCGUCAUCGGCACUUGCAUCGUCCGCUCCGCUGCCUCUAUGGUCGACGACAAUGCUUACCGCGUGGUUCUUACCAGUUCCGCGACCCUCUCCGAUGAUAGCCGCAAAAGGAUUGCGGAGAGCAUGGUUGGGGCGGCCAAAUACCAGAGUGUCUCCCUUGACGAGUCAGGUAACCCAGUAGCGACAAACGCCAAUCAAAUGGAAGCGCGUGCAAUUCUGGCGGGUGUCAUCGGUGAGGGAGUGGCUACUUCGGAUCAGUAUGUGGCUCGUAGAAACGGGAGGAUAACGACGUCACCCUUCAAGAUUGCCGAUACGAAUGGUGGUGCGGAGUCUCAGGCGGACAAGCUCGCUGCAAGGACUAGCACUUUGGCAAUGGAUGACAAGCCAGCGGCCAAGCAGAUCGAUGGUGCGGGAGCUUAA